AGCAGCAUGGAGGCAGAAGUUGUCAUUUCUAAAAACGGCAGCUGAUGUUUUAUAUCCUUGGGAGAGAACGUUCUAACUAGCUGCUUUGCUAGCAUUGUACUAACCUUCCUCCGUUUUUCUCUUGCGUCUUGGGUAGUUUAUAGUAAGCUGUGGGAUAGCGGAAACGCGAUGGAGUGGUUCGGUAGUGGAACUGCCGUAUUCUCUGAAGAAGGCAGUGGCAGUGUCUCGGGGUCAAAAAGCUUCCAGAGUUCGCUACUGCAACACCAGCAGCCGACGGCAGACAGCAUGGCAUCACUGUGUCAGAGCCAACAGCAGUGUGUGAAGGCCUCCAUCCUGUCCAACUGGCAGUUGGUUGAGGCACAAGACCAGCUCUGUGGGCUGGAGCUCCAUGGCUCAGAGUCGCUGGAACAGGAGCGCGCCCGUGUCCUCACCAGCGUGGCUGAGCUCUCGCAGACUGAGUGUGAGUGGCGUCGCAAGGAGAGCAUGCUGGAAAACCAGGACCUUCGCUGGAGUCCUGUGCCCAACCCAGAUUGCAACAGGGAUGUCUUUAACAAGAGUAUUAUCAAUGUUCAGAGUAGAAGCAUAGAAGUGGAACAGGACAAGACUAAGACCUUUGUUCAGAAUUAUGAGCAGGAGUUGAGGCAUUUUGGUAUGUUGCGACGUUGGGAUGACAGCCAGCGAUUCCUAUCUGAUCGGCCCCACCUUAUCUGCGAGGAGACGGCCAAUUACCUGAUCUUGUGGUGCUUCCGGCUGCAGGCUGAAGAGAAAGAAGCUUUGAUGGAACAGGUUGCACACCAAGCUGUCGUCAUGCAGUUUAUUCUGGAGAUGGCCCGAAAUUCCCAGCAGGACCCACGUGGUUGUUUCCGGCAAUUCUUCCAGAAGGCCAGAACGAGACAAGACGGUUAUUUCGAUGUCUUCCGAAUGGAGCUGGAAGCCUUCAAGCAAAGGGUGAAGGACUACACUGUCAAGUGUAAAGGGGAGAGUCUGAACAACGCGGAGCACCAAAAAGCCCCAAACCGCUGCCGCCUGGACCCCAAAGAAGUCCUGGAAUCCUUACCUCCCGAGCUAAGGAGGGGCUUCCAAUUACAAAACGUGCAGAUCCUACAGAAUGUUCUCAGCACUAUGAAUCCACAGGUGGCAGAGUACCAUGUGAAGCGUUGCUUGGAUGCAGGUUUAUGGAGCAACACAGCGCGAGGGCUGAAAGAGGACGCCAUGGAAACAGACGAGCCCAGACGGAUGGAAACCUCGUAGCAGCUCCUCCUCCUCUAACGAAUUUCAUUCAGAUGGGAAAGUGAAAAGCCCGGUAGAGCGGACGACCCACACAGACUAUUUUUGUAUGAAGAUUCCGCGUCUGGAUGUGUGCUGCACUUUAUAUUUGUUCUCGAAAGUAUUUAAAAAAAAGAAAAUGGUAUCGUGGAGCUCUUAUUUUUGUUGAAAGUGGUUUCUGAUCAUGAUUACUUCUUUGGAGAGUGGACAGAGGGGUUCUGUGGGUGGGUUUGAGGCAGUAGAUGUUUGAUCUGUUGGAUCCUGAAAAAGAUGGAUUGGAUUCUUGGAUUGCAGGUGGCUGGGAAGAGCUGCUUGUUUCCGCUUUCAUCUCUCAACUUUAGGAUGCUGAAGGGAAUUAGCUAGCUAAUUAAGUCUUAGCCUCACAUAAGCUUAGCACAGAUGCCAAAUACCCUUGCUGGAGAAAAAUCAAUAAAGUAUUUGUUGUUUUCAGUUUUUUUUAA